AUGCCAGCAUCACCAAGACAGACCCAGUUCCGCCGCAGCAGCGACUUGCCUUUGUCGACCCCGGAUAACCUCUUGCUCUGGGAGCCAGCCGACGAGGCCAUUCUCGCAAGUGUCGCCGCGACCUCUGAUCAUCCUUCGGUUGAUACCUUGUACUCUCUCCAUCUGCCGGUCACUUGGCCCAGCGAUUCAUUUGGGCUGUCCUCCCUGGACGGGUCUUCCGCCGACCCCUUCAAUCCCCACUUUCCAGCGUUUGUCAACCUCGCAGACUUCAACAACACCACCUCCUAUCAGACGCCGACUUUGACGCCUUCUGCCCUGAACUCGAUUGAUCCACUUCAUCAGACCGGAAAACCCCUUGAUUCCAUGAAAGCAUCACGAUCCGCAUCACCUGCUGUCAACAACCAAAAAAACACCAAGGCGAUAAAUUCAUCUCCCUUGUCACAAGGGCAUCCCUCUCCCGAGGAAGCUUUUCAACAGGAGAGCGAGUCAGUCGUGCGCAAACGUGAACGUAACACGGCUGCUGCUCGUAGAUACCGUCAGAAGCGUCUGGAUCGCAUCAAGGAGCUUGAGCACGAGCUUGCUAAGGUGGCGGCCGAUCGUGAUGAUCUAAGACUCAAGCUGGCGAGGCAGGAAGCCGAGACUGCAACUCUGAGGGAUUUGCUGACUUUGGCCACCGGUAGGGGGACGCAACGUUCUGACAGUUAG